UGCAUUUUGAGAGAGAUGGAAGGUGGUAAAAUCCAAAUCCCUGCCAUUGUUAUGAAGCUAAACGAAGAUGCAGAAGAAAGGAAGACUUUAGCACGGAAGAUGCGGGAGGCAUGUGAGAGUUAUGGAUGCUUCCUUAUUGAUUGCGACAUGAUUUCCGAGGAAGAACAGCACCGAUUCUUCUCCUCCUCCGAGGAAUUCUUCGCCCUCCCCGACGAUACCAAGAAACAAUACGGCAGGAAACCUAAGAUCUGGCAUGGAGGUUACCUUGGAAUUAAUCCUUAUUCUAGACAGGAGAGCUUCAGCGUCUAUGGCCUCCCCGACGACGAGAUUCGAUCUCUCGCUGGUCAUAUGUGGCCGGAUGGCAAUCCAUCUUUCUGUGAGGUGAAUCAGUCGAUGAAGAUGAAAUUAAUGGAUGUACUUCUCUCUGUUAUGAAACUCACUUUCGAAGAUCUAGGGAUAUCAGAUUACUACAAUAAGCAUGCGGAGAAUGUUACAUGCUUAAUGAGAGGUCUCAAAUACAAGCUUCUUCCCAAGAACAACGACGAGAAACCGACUCAUGGUCUUAUGCCGCACGUCGACCAUUCCAUCUUGAGCAUUCUAUACGACAAUGGUAUCCAAGGGCUUGAGAUUUUCUCCGAUGAUGAUGAGUGGGUUCCGGUGAUGAUCCCAAAAGGCUCCCUUCUUGUGAUUGUUGGUGAUGCUUUUGAGGUUUGGAGCAAUGGUAAGUUCCGGGCGGUGAAGCAUCGGGUGACGAUGCAUACCGGCGAUAAGGAGAAGUAUACGUGUGCGUUGUUCAUGUUGCCUAAGGAUGGGGUGCUGAUGGAGGUGCCGCCGGAGUUGGUUGCGGAAGGGGAUUCUCCUCUGUUCCGAUCAUUUGUAUUUUCUGAUUACCUAGAGAAGCAUAUUGUGGAUCCUAAUUUUGAAGCCUUAAAGGUCUUUGCAGGUGUCAAUGGAGGAGUGAUCUAGGAUCAAUAUAUUGUGUCUUGUUAUUUUCUCUGUUUGUUUUAUUUGGGAUUUGUAAUGUGUGUGUUUUUUUACAAGGAAUAAGGAGUUUUUAUAAGUGU